UCUAAAGAGAACUAGAGCUCACACCUUUGAUCCCAGUACUUGGGAGGUACAUGUCUUUAAUCUCAGCACUAGGGAGACAGAGAUAGGAAUAUAUGAUGGGUGGAGAUAGAUUCUCUUGCCCAUCCAGUCUGAGGAUUCGUAGAGACAGGAGCUCAGUCCCUUUUUGGUCUGAGAACUCUAGUUGCUGGCUGCUCUGCUUGUCUGAUCUUUCAGCUUUCACCCCCUAAUGGCUGACUCUGGGUUUUUAUUAUUAAGACCAAUUAGAAUUUUAGAUACACUUCCUUCCUAGUUAAACCUUUCUGGAAAUACCCUUGAAGACACAUCCAAAGGCAUAUUUCCAUGGUGAUUUUAAAAAUCCAGCUAAGUGGAAAAUCAAAAUGAACCAUUAUAGCAGAUGAUUCUUUCGAUGUGUUGUUGAAUUUUUAUUUCAUUAGGGAGGAUUGCAUUUAUGUGCACCAAGAAUAUGGACCUUUAAUUUUCUGUUUCUUCUGAGUUGGUAUCAGUAUAAUGAAAGGUGCUUGAAAGUAUUUUCUCUAUUUAUUUAUUUAUUUAUUUAUUUAUUUGGAGGAGCUUGAAAAUGGCUCAUGGUUUCUUCCUUCUGGGUCAGCACACAGAGGCUGAUCAACAUGGUUCAAAGAGGUCAGGCUACAUCUUGAGCUGAGAGCACAACUUGACAACAUUGUCCCCAAGGUAGUGUUUUUUUGUUUGUUUGAUUGAUUUUUUUUGUUUGCUUUUGGAAAGAAAAGUACAAGAGUGAGGACCCUAGAGGUUUGUACUAAGGUUCAAGAAAGCUGCUGAGGCCAGGCAAGAUACAGCAGGGUUAUAUUUUCUGUUUGGAGGCUCUGAGAGUCUAUUGCAUGGAGUUAUGAUGAUGAAGCCCAAGCUGCAGUAGAGACCAUAGGGUAAAUUCAAGUAGGGUAUUGGAACCCCACUAAAUUUUUUCUCCCUGGAAGCUUAAGUAUCAGUCUUCAUCUUCCACCUCUUUUGUGACAGGACAUUUCAUUGUUUCCUGCUGCAUAUGCCAGGUAUCCUAGUUACUGUUAUAUUGUUGUUAUAUUGCCAUGAAGAGACACCAUGACCACGGCAACUUAUAAAAGAAAGCAUUUAAUUGGAGACUUGCUUACUGUUUCAGGGAGUUAGUCCAUGACUGUCAUGGUGUGGAACAGAGUAACAUGCAAGCAGGAAUAGUGCUGCAGUAGUAGUUGAGAGCUUCCAUCUUAUCCACAAACAUUCAGUAGAGAGAGAGAGAGGGGCAGGGGACUGGGCCUGGCAUGGGCUUUUGAAAACUCAAAACCCACCCCCCAGUGGUACACCUCCUCCAAACAGGCCACACUUCCUAAUAUACUUCGAAAUAGUCUAUCAACUAGGAACCAAGCAUUCAAAUAUAUGAACCCAUAGGGGUCAUUUUUAUUCAGACCUAAGCAAUAUCUUAAUUGGUCUUAUCAAUAAAAACUCAGAGUCAGAUAUUAAGGUAAAUGCUGAAAGGUCAGAGAAGCAAAGGGGCAUCCAACAGUCACUUUUUACCUCUCUGAAUCCUGAGACUGAAAGGGCUAAGAUCCUGUCUACGUCCCACCUAAUCACUUCCUCUCUCCUCCCCAUGUUGUCACUUCCUGUCUCCUCUCUGUACAGACCUCCAGAUCUCUAGGGUUAACUAGUGGCUGGAUCCACCCUUUGAUCUCAAAGCAAGCUUUGUUUGUCAUAACACAAACAAAAUAUCACAACAAAAACCACUACACCAGGCUAGCUGUCCUGUGAGCUUCCGGGGAAUUCUCUGUGUCUGCCUCUGACCUUGCUAUAAACACAUUGGAAUGACCUCUGUGUCUGCCUCUGACCUUGCUAUAAACACAUUGGAAUGACAGAUGUGCACUAGCCGAUCUUGCUAGGUAGAUUUUGGAGAGCCUACAUUGGUCCUUACAGCUACAACUAUUUUUCCAACUGACGCAUCUCUCCAGGCAUGCAGUUGGCUUUGAAAAACUAAAGGAUGCCAUGAGCCUCUUCAUUAUCCUCUGAAACAUAGUCCCAUUCCAUCACCUUCCUUCUCUUUCUGGGGUCAACUCACUACAUGUGGCUAUAUCCAAAAGCUGCCUGUUCUCUUGGGUUGGCUCACUUUCUGUGCUCUCUCUCCAGUUUUGGGGACCCAACUUUCCACUGCCCCUUUUCUCACACGUUAGUUCUCUCUCUAGAGUCUCCUAUACAUUUGUCCAACCCACUGUAUUUUUCUGUUCUUCCAUGGCUACUUGUCCAAUCCUUUUGAUUUCUCUUGCACAAUGAAUUUUAAAGGCUAUAUCCACCAACUGAGAUGUAUUCACUCCUAUAGCCCCUUCUAACUUUUAGAUUUUCUUGUGACUCAUUAUCCUACAAAAUUCAUGGUAACCAUUCUCACAUUUUCUGGGGUCUUUGGGUCAAUAUCCAUGCAUUUUUGAUAUUCUAGAGAAAUUCUUUUUAAAAAUUCUGGGGAUCCUUGUUUGGAUGUUGGUGGGCUUUUUGUAUUUUAUUUUAACUCCUCUUCUUGGGAAAUCCUUUACCAGUUUCUUCGAAGUGUGCUGUCUAUACUGAUCCAAUUUACCCACUUCUGCAUUGUUAGAAUUUUAGCAGGGUUCAAAUGCUGGAAAAGCCUUUGUUGGCAGGGGUUCUGAAUGUCGUCUUCUUGAUGGAGAGGCAUCGUGAUUCUUUAGUAGCCUUGUCUACCACUAAUCUUUUCUGUGAUUAAUAAAAUAUUUAAUAAGGUCUUGAAUGUCUGACCAGGAUUAAUGAGGAACAAAAAUGGAUGACUAUCAAGUCCAGUGCACCAGGUAUGCCCACAGAAUAUUAUUUUAAAUAGAGGAUAGUCUCAGACCAUUUAAUUCCUGUAAUAGUCCACGUAGGCGAGUUUUCAAUUUUAACAUAGCCCUGUAGAGAGGAUUGUGUCAGGAAAAGGAAGAGGACUUCUGCUGCAAACAGACCAGAACAUGCAGCAGUGCCUAUCCAUGGCAGAGUUGCUUGGGACAAAGAAUUCCCCUGUCAGCCAGGUCAGGAAGAACCAUCUCCCAGUGCUUCCUUGGAAGAAGUUUGCCAACUUGUUUCUGAGCAGAGUUUUCAUCACUCCGAGCACACAAUUGCUUCUGGAAAACCUCCAAAAAGGCAAUGUCUCUUCACAUUUCCUUUCACUUUAAUCUUCCUGAGCUCUCAAUGUCCAAGGUCAUUGAUUAAAAUUCUGCUUCAUUACUUACAUUGCACACCAUGAUUCUCUCCAUAGCUAAGAGCAUAUGCUAGUCUUAUAGGGGAACAUGCAUUUCAGUAGUUGCUCUCCAUUAAUCAUUGAUCUUCUGAGUUCAAUUACUGACAGUGGCUAUGAUAUUUUUACUCAUAUGUAAAUCACUUCCGUGGGAGGGCAUUUGUGCCUGUAUUCUCCACUUGUGUAACAAGAGCCCAGAGCCUCAGCAGCUGGAUUCCCCCGGGCUCUGCUUCGCCCAUGGCUCCCGCAGGUUCUCCAGCAUUCCUUCCUCUGUGUGUGUGUCUGCUGCUGGCCUCUGGCUUUGCCCAGGCAGGCAGGCUGCUGGUGGUCCCCAUGGAUGGGAGCCACUGGUUCACCAUGCAGAUGGUUGUGGAGAAACUCGUUCACAAAGGACAUGAGGUGGUGGCAGUUGUGCCAGCGGUGAGUUGGCAAUUGGGACAGUCCCUGAAUUUGACAGUGAAGACAUACUCAACGUCUCACACUCUGAAAGAUUUGAACCAUGAGUUCAAGGUUUUUAUGGGUUCUCACUGGAAAACUCAGGAGAGCAGCAUAUUUUCUUUAUUGCAACAUUCAUCCAGUGGUUUUUUUGAAUUGUGUUUUUCACACUGUAGGAGUCUGUUUAGUGACAAGAAGUUAGUGGAGUACUUGAAGCAGAGUUCUUUUGAUGCUGUGUUUCUGGAUCCUUUCGAUGUGUGCGGCUUAACUGUUGCCAAGUACUUGUCACUCCCAUCAGUGGUCUUCAGCAGGGGAAUGUUUUGUCACUAUCUUGAAGAGGGUGCCCAGUGCCCCAGCCCUCCUUCUUAUGUUCCCAGAAUUCUCUUGAAACUCACAGACACCAUGACUUUCACGGAGAGAGUCUGGAACCACCUCACCUACAUGACGGAACGUGCAUUUUGCCCCUAUUUUUUCAAAACGGCUGUAGAAAUUGCCUCUGAAGUUCUCCAGACACCAGUGACUAUGGAUGACCUCGUCAGUCAAGUGUCCAUUUGGUUGUUAAGGACUGAUUUUGUCUUGGAGUUCCCCAGACCUCUGAUGCCCAACAUGGUAUUGAUUGGCGGGAUCAACUGCCACCAGGGAAAGCCACUUUCC